AGAAAAUAGAGUUGGUAUUAUUCCACUAGCGAGAGAUUCAUCUUUUCUGCUGUGCUAGGGUUUCAUUCAUUCAUCAAAUUCACAGCAUCCUCCAUCUCCGUCCCAAUGAAACCGGGCUUCAUCUGAUUCCCAUUCCCAACGCUUCUUCUUCUUCUUAUCCUCUUCCCUCUCAUUCUCUUCCAAUCCAAUUCAAUUAUGAUUAUCAUCAACUCUAUCUUCGUCGCGCACAACCUUCGCGUCUUCGGUCCCGGCUUGAAUCCCUUCUCACCCUAUUGCGUCGCCAAUCAUUCCCUUCUCUCUCGCUAAAUAUUUCCCCUGCCUCUGCUCUUCCUCCUUCUCCCUCUCGGAGCAUGUAAAUUCGGAGGACGCUGUUUUAGAUUCGCUCUCUAUUUUGGGGGUUAGCUUCAAUACGAAAUCGUCACCCGACACUUUUCGGUUUGCGUCGUUUUGCUUUUCUUUGUCGUCGUUUGUUGGUUCCUGAGAAACACCAUGCUCGAAGAACGGCCCGUUUUGUUCAGGAGGAGCCCUUCCCGGAGGCGCUUGAGACCUGGGUGUGAUACCGAUGAUAGGGGUUGGACUUCGCUUCAUGUUUUCGCUAGAAAAGGCGAUCUCAAGCUGGUUAAAAAACUUCUCAAUGAAGGAAUGGAUGUCAAUGUAUCUGCAUGGGGCCCUAAAUCAAAAGGGGUGACCCCUCUCCACCUUGCUGCCGAAGGUGGUCACAUUGGAGUGAUGGAUGUACUGCUUGAACGUGGUGCUGACAUUGAUGCCAGAACUAAGGGUGCUUGUGGCUGGACGCCACUCCACAUUGCAGCCAAAGAAAGGAGAAGGGAUGCUGUGAAAUUCUUGAUAGAGAAUGGAGCCUUCUUGCCACCGGAUAUCAAUGAUAGCAGAUUCAACCCUCCUCUUCAUUAUUGCCCCGGUCUAGAAUGGGCCUAUGAGGAGAUGAUGAUACUUCGACGGAAAGACUUGUCUGCUGGAGACACAUCUUACAGCUCUGAAAGUUAGUUUGCAUUUCAGGGAUUUGGUUGGUGUUUGAUAGUGUUUGGAUGCUCGUUAGAGGAGAACGAUGCGUGUCAGGUCAAGGUUGAUAUAUAAGUAGCUUCUGCGUCACUUUUAUAAAUUUGACGUGAAAAUUUGAACGUGCCUUCAGGAAUCGUAUCCAGACAAACACGGAAUCUGUAUUCUGGGAAUGAAUGUAGAAUUGAAAUAAAACAACAAACUAUGCGCGAGUUGCUUAAUGUAUUGGGAUGUGUUGCUUACUGAUUUUAGUAUGUUUGAAGCUCUUGUUUAUGUACGAUCGCUAAUGCGAUAUGUUGUGUUUGUUGAUGCUGUCAUUUGUGCUGUGGGUGCGCUCACAAUGCUUUGUCUC